CUUAAUUAUUUUGACAACUGUCAUCAAAGUACACAUAACUUUCUGUCAUAUUCUUUAUAGCUAUUACGAGAUGACUGCAAUUUUUCGUUGUUUAAAUGGUAGAGUAAGAACUUUUUAUUUAAACCCGCCGUAUCAGAUUGCAAGAGUAGACUGCAGAACUAAACAAUUAAUUGGAGAUAGAGAAGUUGUCGGUUUUGGCUAUAACGGCCAACCAAAUUAUGCUGACAGGGAACACUAUCCAAUGCCCGCUAUCCGAUGGAAAGAAACAACUGCAGAAAUUCUUCAAUUACGAAAAAAAGAAGAAGGAGACUGGCAUAAUUUGACCACGGAGGAAAGGAAAAAACUGUACAGAGCCUCUUUCUGUCAGACUUUUGCGGAAUUUCAGGCUCCAACUGGCGAAUGGAAAACAGUUAUUGGCUCCGGUCUGAUUUUCACAGCAUUGUCUUUUUGGAUAUUCUACUUUUAUAAGAUAUUUGUCUACAGCCCUGUUCCUAUAACCUUUGAUGAGGAGCAUAGAAGAGCUCAAUUCAGACGAAUCCUUGAUAUGAGGAACGGACCAAUCUUCGGCGCGGCUUCCAAAUGGGACUACGACAAAGAUGACUGGAAAAAUUAAAUUACAUUAGUUUGUAUUGUCAUUGGUUAAUCUUAAAAUGUGUUUGAUAUAUGUGUUUAAAAUUGCAAAAGCAUUGUGUUAAAAAUAUUAAUAAUUACAAACAAAAA